AUGUCCACCACCGAAGCUGAGAAGCAGCAAAAGGCUGCCAACUUACAGAACCAGUACAACCAAUUCCAGGAAAUCAUAUCGGAGCUCGAAUCGCAGCUUAUUUCGAUAACGUCCAAGAUAGAAGAGCACUUGAUUGUGGACAAGACCUUGAACGAAACCCCCAAGGAAACCAGAGAAAAUAGGAAGUGUUUCAAGAUGGUAGGAGGGGUGUUGGUCAACAAGACUGUGGACGAGGUGAUCGCCAUUUUGAAGGAGGAGUUGUCUGCGUUGGUGAAGGAAAAGAACCAGCUCGAAGAGCUGUUGAUCAAAAGCAGAAAGGAGAGAGAGGAAUGGAUGAAGAACAACAAUGUCAAGAUCGUCAGACAGAACUAG